AAUUGAACAGUCUUUAUGAGCCAAUAAUUUUCUGCUCAACUAAGCCGCAUAAUACACUAGGCUUAACUUUGGUACAACUCGUCCUCUACUUAGUGUAUUUUUAUUUUCAACUAAACUACAAUUAUCUCAGUUACAAGUGUAAAGGUUUAUAGUUUGUUACAACACUCUAUUUCGCGGUAAAACCUCGUACGGUAAGGACAUGAAAUGUAUUCAAUUAUAUUCUUUAUUCGUUCUCUACAUUUCUAUUUAUGAGAGCGAGAUAACUACGAAGUUGGUUGUUUAAUUGUUUAGACCUUAUCCAAAGGAGUAAUCUCAACGAAUAGUUUUCCUUUAAAUAUUUAUAACUUUAUGUGAGUCAUAAUUUAUAUUUAUUACUUUAUAUAUUCUUUCAGAUUAUUUGUUGAUUAUAGAAGGCUAAAGUGAAGUAUAAUGCCAAGCAAACCUAUAAACGUACGCGUUACAACGAUCGAUGCUGAACUUGAGUUCGCUAUACAGUCGAAUACGACUGGAAAGCAAUUGUUCGAGCAAGUCGUUAAAACUAUAGGACUAAGAGAAACAUGGUUUUUUGGUUUAAUGUAUACAGAUUCUAAAGGUCUCACUACCUGGCUAAAAUUAAACAAGAAAGUUGUUAAUCAGGAUGUUCGUAAAGAGACUCCGUUACAAUUCAAAUUUAGAGCUAAAUUCUACCCUGAAGAUGUUGCUGAAGAACUCAUCCAAGAGGUAACGCAACGCCUCUUCUACCUGCAGGUUAAGGACAUGAUAUUGAGUAGCGAAAUUUAUUGUCCACCAGAAACUAGCGUGCUUUUAGCAUCAUAUGCGAUGCAGUCAAAGUAUGGAGAUUAUACAGCUGGAGUUGAUCUUAGCAAAGAUCGGUUGCUACCAGAUAGAGUUCAUGAUCAACACAGUUUGACAAAAGAACAAUGGCAAGAGAGAAUAAUAACUUGGUGGCAGGAGCAUACUGCUAUGAUGAAGGAAGACGCUCAAAUGGAGUAUUUGAAGAUUGCCCAAGAUUUAGAAAUGUAUGGUGUCAAUUAUUUUUCUAUUAAAAACAAAAAGGGCUCGGAUCUCUUUUUGGGUGUGGACGCUCUGGGCUUGAAUGUAUAUGAUACUGAAGAUAAACUUACUCCAAAGAUUGGCUUUCCAUGGUCGGAAAUUCGUAACAUAUCUUUCAACGAUAAGAAAUUUGUUAUCAAGCCUAUCGAUAGGAAAUCUCCCGAUUUUGUCUUCCAUGCUCCCCGCCUACGCAUUAAUAAAAGAAUUCUGGCUCUCUGCAUGGGAAAUCAUGAGUUGUACAUGCGCAGGCGUAAACCUGAUACAAUUGAAGUUCAGCAAAUGAAAGCUCAAGCACGAGAAGAUAAACAGGCAAAGCAAGAACAGCAAUUGAACUUGAAGAGAGAGCAACAGGCUAGAGAAGAAGCUGAAAGGAAGAGGAAAGAGCUGGAAGAUAGGCUGCUUAAAUUCGAGGAAGAGAUGGAAAGAGCUCAGAGUGAUUUAGUUACAUCCCAACGCCUAGCUCAAGAGCUCGAAGAAAGGGCAAGGAAGGCCGCAGAAGAGGCGGAAGAAUUAGCCGAAGCAAGACGAUUAGCCGAGAGCGCUGCCAAAGCCGAGGAAGAGGCCAGAUUAGCGGAAAAAGAAGAGCGUGAAAGGCUGCGUCAAGAGGCGGAGGAGAGACUAAGGGAAUUGGAGGCUGCAGAGACUAGGGAAAGAGAAAGGCAGGAGGAGAGAGAUCGAUUACAAGCUGAACUUGCAGAGGCCCAAGUUGCAAUGGAGGAGAACCAGAAGAGAUUGCAAGAAGCUAUGCAGGCCCAACGACACGUGCCGGUUGUUACUGAAGUUAACCACAUGGAAUUUGACGAGGAUGAAUCGUAUCAAGGCUCCGAUUUACAGAUUAUUGAAGAUGCAGCAAGACCAGAGGAAGACCGAAUCACCGCUACCGAAAAGAAUCAACGACUUCAAACACAAUUGAAGUCAUUGGCUACUGAUCUUCAAGCGUCAAAGGAUUUGACAAAAGUGACCAGAGAAGACGUCAUCUACCGUGAAAAUAUGCGGGAAGGACGAGAUAAGUAUAAAACAUUGAAGCAAAUACGCCAGGGCAAUACGAAACACCGAGUGGAUCAAUUUGAAGCUAUGUAG